GGCGAGGCUAACUAAGAUAAAAACUUUGGCGGGGAAACGAAGUUUGUUUGGUGCUAAAAAUCGACUUAAAGGGGAUCCAGAUGCUGACUUUUUAGAGGAUGAAUUUCUCUGAAUGCUUUAAGCAGACUGGACAACUUUGCAAAUUUUCUGCUGAUGGAAAAUACAUUGCAAACAGCGUUCAGUAUAGAGUAAUAAUCAGAGAUGCAAAAACAUUACAGAUAGCUUCCUUAUUCACUUGUUUGGAUAGCAUUGAUGUUCUAGAGUGGUCAUCUGAUUCACUUUUUAUCUUAUGUGGGAAUUUCAAAAGAGCACUAGUUCAGGUAUGGUCAAUAGAACACUCUGAUUGGACCUGUAAAAUUGAUGAGGGUGUUGCAGGGCUUGAAGCAUUGAGAUGGGCUCCAGAUGGCCGACACAUACUGUCAACCUCCAAAUUCAAGCUCCGUAUCACUGUUUGGUCGCUCAUUGAUAAAACAGUAUCAUAUAUACGAUAUCCAAAACAUACAAAUCAAGGACUAAGCUUCACAAAAGAUGGAAAAUUCAUGGCUUUGGCGGAAAGGCGAAACUGCAAAGAUUUCAUUAGCAUUUUCUCAUGUGGCACAUGGCAACUUGUAAAGCAUUUUGAAGCAGAUACAAAUGACCUUACAGAUCUGGCUUGGUCUCCAGACGGUAGAAUCCUGGCAGUUUGGGAAUCCUGUCUUGAGUAUAAUAUGCUGCUAUACGCAAUGAAUGGCCGGAUAAUAUCUUCAUAUAGUGCUUAUGAUUUUGCACUUGGCAUCAAAGCAGUUACCUGGUCGCCCUCUAGUCAGUUUCUCGUUAUCGCCAGCUACGAUCAGUCGAUACGAGUUCUAAACAACAUCACUUGGACAGCUGUCACAGAAUUCAAGCAUAGCUCAAGUAUAGGUGAUCAAAAUGCAUAUACAAAGAAGUGCAGAUGAAGCAAGUGAAACUGCCAUGGGAAGCACAAGCGAAAGGCCCAUUGUCGUCUCCAAGCCAGUAUCAAAUUCAACAACUUCCUUUUUCUGUGCCAACUGUAAGAGCAGAUCCGGAGAAAGCGAAUCCAAAGAUUGGAGUUGGGAAGGUUGUCUUCAGCCAUGAUAAUCGAUAUAUCGCUAGCAGAAACGAUAACAUGCCUACUGUUGUAUGGAUAUGGGAUGUGAAAAAAUUAUCUUUGUCUACUGUCCUUGUACAAAGCCAAAAUAUACAAUCCAUGGAGUGGGACCCAAAAGAAACUCGCUUGGCCAUUUGCUGCGGUACAAAUAAACUGUAUAUGUGGUCACCUGCAGGAUGCCUGUCUGUUGAUGUUCCCAUGGAAGAAACAUUCAACAUCACUGGUCUACGAUGGCACAAAGACGGUCGUGAACUGUUGCUCCUGAGUAAAAACUCGUUCUGCAUGUGUAGCCUCGCUUUGGCAAGCUAGCUCGAUGACCUAAACAGAAGGAGACAUGGAUAACUUUGUUACCUGAGCUUAGAGUUUUGAGUAGACCCAUUAUAUUUAUGUUUACGCUCGUAGAUGGAAUUCACCUGCUAUCUUUCUCAAUACAUACCAAAACCUCUUGGAACACCCAACGCCUUGAGCUUUUUUUCUUUUUUUUCAACUCAUUUUUCCUCCAAUCUCAGUAGGCUCAUGUGUGGUUACAGACCUAGACGACUUUAAACGUCCUGCCAAUGUAAAAGUAUUAGAAGAGAAAGAAAAUGCGUGUGUUACAAUUUCAUUCUCUGAUGAAAUGAAGUUUUAGUGAAAGGUCUGUAUUCAUGACGUCACUGUGAGGUCGCCGUCACGCUGGAUUCGUCAACAGAUAAUCAUAAAGUUGACGUGCUUGAGAAUGACAGUGUUCCCUAAAGCCUAAAUUUCGUGGCUAAGUUUUGAUGGGUGAUUCUCAAUCUCAAAGUCUCACUUCCCAUGCCGUAUUUAACAAACAACGCCCAUCGUGUUUUAUAACCACCUGUCGGUGACAAAAAGCCUCGCUAAUAUCUCAGUCUCUUUUACAACCAGUACAAAAGCCAACUUACAAGAUCUCUUCUACAACACAACAUCCGAUUCCCACAAUGCUUUGUUUCAGGAAACCUCCUAAGCCCCGCCCCCUUUUGCAACUAUAACAUCUUUCUCCGAAUAUCAAAUUUUAGAUGAAAAUUUGUCGAAAAAUUCCAUUUGUGUGAAAUUUUAUGUAUAAAAUUCUUUUUAAUUCCUGGUUUGAAUGUACUAUGCAACUGACUUUGAUUUUCAUUUUCAAACGACUUGGUUGGAUGAUAAAAGUAAUUUUUGUUCCACUGUUGUCUUUUUUGAAAUUUCCAAUUUUACCAUUAUACAGUUGUUUAAUUAUGACUGACUGUUAAUUUUGAUAAGUUAAGUUCCUUAAUUAUGAUUGCCUUCGCAAGGAUUUUCUUUCCUUGAUAUACGAUACUGGUGACCAAUGUAAUGUAAAAGCUCUUUAUUAUCAGAUAACCAAAGAUCUUUAUUAUGUAUCACAAUUAGUCUAAUACUCUUCCCUUUUUCCAUUAAAUAAAAACA